GUAGUGUUUACGAGAGUAGGACGUGUUUUUAGCGUAAAAAUUGUGUGUCAGAAAUGGGAAGCGUUAAUAAAAAAAAACAUAUGAUUACGAUUUUUAUAAGUGCCGUGGUGUUUGCGAAUGUACAAGUACAGGCGGGUACAGGAAGAAAAUUGAUAAAAAGACAAACCGAUGCAUGGUCGUGGGGAUAUGCAGAUGCAACUACUUCUGAAAAUAACGGCCUGAGCCCAAGGCAACCCUUCGAAUCCACGACUCUUAAACAAACAACAACAACAACAGAAACUUCUACAAAAGCAGUAGUAACAACACCUCUUACUUCCACUACUACUACCGAAAAACAACCAACAACUACCCCUGUAUUCUGCUCGUCAUCAUAUGAACCACCAGAAAAACCUAAUUAUAAGGUGCCUGGACGUAGAAUAAGUGAAGCCAAAUGCUACGAGUACGUUUGGGAGUUGAAAAAGCGCAAACAAGACAAAGAUGAAGCAGCCAUAUGUAAAAAAUAUAAGAAAAGGAAAUGGGGCGGAUCUCAUGGUGUUGGUGGUCGUCCGACGAAGCCAGGAGAAUUUCCCCACAUGGGUGCCUUAGGUUGGAAAGCAGUCAUUGGAACAUGGGUGUUCAAAUGUGGUAGCUCUCUCAUCAGCGAUAAAUUCGCCCUCACUGCUGCUCACUGCGCUAAAGGAUCACCCAGAGACCCCACCAUUGCUGAAGUGGAUCCUAAAAUUUUGAGAAUAGGUGACAAGAACAUCAUAGAUAAAGUGGGUUACAAGAGUCCACCAAAGAAAGAUGCGGCGAUUGCCAGAAUCAUAGUGCAUCCUCAGUUUAAGGCACCAACACAGUACUUUGAUAUUGCUCUCAUAGAAUUAGAUGAAGUCGUGACGUUUUCGAGAUACGUCCAGCCUGCUUGUCUUUGGAACAGUUUAUCUAUCAGUAAAUUAGGAACUCAAGCUAUUGGAACUGGAUGGGGUGUUAUAGAAUCGGGUUCCCUUCAAAUCUCGCCAGAACUCCAAGCGGUAACAGUCGAUGUAUUAGAAACAAGUCUUUGUGAUCAGCUGCUAAAGAACUAUCACAACAGGAACUGGCAAGGGUUCCAAGAACAUCAAUUGUGCGCUGGAAAAUUGGCGGGCGGAGUCGACUCUUGUCAGGGUGACUCUGGGGGUCCACUACAAAUAAAGAUGCCUCUACCUACUGACGUCACCGACUCGGAAGGCUCCAUGCAUUUCGUCAUCGGCAUCAUACCAUUCGGUGUCGGCUGCGCUCAUCCCAACUUGCCAGGAGUCUACACCAGAGUAUCCAGCUUCAUUGAUUGGAUUGAGCAAAAUGUGUGGCCUGAUGAAUAA